AUGCACCAACCCGAGAUACACCUGUUUGGGCGUGCUCGUCCUGAUGGAACCGUUGAACUUCCAAAUUUUUCUGUGCCAACUUUGCCGGGAAUCUCAAAACGCUAUACUAACGGCAACAGUCCGACGUACCUUUUUAUCACACGCAAGGGGUAUAUUGGAUUGGGCCCGUUGAAAACCCAACUUGGUGACGAGGUGUAUAUCCUCCGCGGUGGCAAACCCUCUUUUAUUCUUUGCAAAGCCGUUUUUCGCAAGGUUUUAAGGGGAAUACAAUGCAUUGGUGACUCCAAUCGACAAUGUUUCGAGGUGAUAGGGGACUGCUAUGCACAUGGACUCAUGGACGGUGGAGCUUUUGAGUUUGGGCAGGAACGAUUCAAUAGAAGGACACAUGUGUAUUUGACCGUGUGUCUUUUCAAGAUGGGGCUAGCUAAAUACCAAGCUUCGUUGGAUCACUGGCAGGCCAUCCUUCGCGAAGACGUGAUAUACUCUCGACCAACACACACUACGCAAAAUAUCGACCAAUUGAGAUUGGAAAUGAAAAAGCAAUAGUUAGCCAAGAUGGGUCUUUGGAGGGGUCUUUGAUGGGUCUGAACAUUGAUGAAGGUUUACGGGAGAGCUUGAGCACUAACCGAAAGUCAGAAGGCUUCCAUAUACCGAUGAGUGGCAUGCAACAAAAGCAGUUUUCGGUUUUGAAGGUGAAGGCUCUCAACCUCCUGAUCAAGGGUGACGAACAAAGCAUGCGCGGAAUCGAGGAGGGUUCUCAAUUCCAACCGGUCCUCCGCCAAUUUUACCUUGUAUAA